AUGUCGGUCCGAAAGGCGCACAAUACUGGCAGAAAUCAUCUCAGGAACGUGACGGAUUAUUACCAGCAAAUCGGACAUGAAAAAGCACAAUCGGUCAUCGACUCCAUUACUUCUUCAUAUGCCGCAGAAGGACAAGCAAAUCCCAUGCUGCAGGCAGCUGCUGGAUUCGGCGCUCCACCGCCAGGCUUUCCAGGAAUGCCGCCGCCACCCUUCGGUAUGCCCGCCGGUGCAGCGCCAGGGCCCGGAGGGAUGAUUCCUCCUCCUGGUGGUCGUGGCAUGCCCUUCCCUCCUUUUCCUCCAAACGGCGUUCCUCCUCCGAACCUACCAGCUGGUCUUCCAUUCCCGCCUCCUGGCGGAUUCCCUCCGAACUUUCAGAUCCCACCUCCAGGAGCCGCCGGUGGCUUUCCUCCUCUGGGUCAACAACCUCCGCUAGGUCUACCAGGGGUUCCUAGUCCGGCGCCUGGCGCUACUCCUACCCCAGGUCAAGGACCGCCGCCUGGGUACAGUAUGGGCGCUCCUCCCGGCAUGGACGAUAACAGGCGAUGA